AUGAAUAAAACCUGCAACAACAAGGCCAGUGCAAACAGCAAGAGUGUGGUUGAAAAGAUCCUAGUGAACGCUCCUGAAAACAUUUUGUAUCAAAUUUUGAAGCAACUCGAGCUUAACAGUUGCCGCAAUUCAGCAACCUUCGUUGUCAGAACUGAGGUGGCAACCAUCGCCUGGGACAUCCGGCCGAAGUUCAUCUACAACCCACUCAACAACAGCAAGUACAUACUGCCACGAACUCUGAGUGCAAGAGUCCCAGUGGCAACGGGCCAGUCCCGGGACCUUCGGGGUCGAGUAUUCCGCGACAUCAGCAUGUCAAUUGAGAAGAACAAGAAAUCUUUGAUGAUCAAACUCGCCGCUGAUUUGACACCGUCUCUAUACCAGUAUGCGGAGAGCAGGGAAGCGCAGAGUCUCCUGAAGCGAUCCGUCGAGCUUGGAAACUCGCCGCUCUCGACGAAGAAGUACGAAGCUAAUCAAUCUCAGCGGCUUAGACGACAAUCAUCUCAUCCGAUGAACGGUGACGGGUCUCGGACAUGCUAUCAGCAGGCCAUGCGCCUUGUCAAAGAAGGUGAAGACUUCCUCAUGGAGAGCUACUUCGAGAUCGGGGACUUCUAA